AUGUCUCGAAAUCGGUUUCGUGUAAAGCUAGACCGACAAGAUGAGCCCGGUCCAAGCGUCAAGGCCCCGUCCGACCACACUGACGUUCCCCCUCCAACGUUUGCAUCUCAACUUCGAACAUUUACUCCCAAAGGUCAGGCUGAUUGGAUCCUCCGAAAGCAGAAAGCGAGAGCUCCACAUCCCCGUCGCGGUACGCCUGCCACAUCGGUCGUCGCCAAACAGGGGAAGUCGAGGAAAGAGAAGCGUUCGAGCUUGACAUCUUCUAGCGAGAAGGAUGUCAAAGAGGAGGAAUCCACGGCACACAGACGUCGCAAGAGUCGUCAGAUGAUGAACACUGCAAGCCUCAGAGCCGAGUCGACCAAGGUCAUCCCUCCAAUGGUGAAGGCUGAGAGUCGUCAAUCAUGGACAUCAACGGCGGCGGAUGCCAUUCUGGAGGAUCUUCGCCCGCACCCUCACUCACUCACUGUUGAGGAACAGAACUUCGUCAUCAAGUGGCUACAAUUCCAGGGCGUUGCGUCGUGGAGUAGCAAUACUACUGGUGCUUUCUGUCCUUGUCGGGAUAUUGCGUGGCGAGGUAUCCAGAUGUAUCCCGCCGGCGGCCUGCCAUGGACUCUGAUAAUCUGCGACAUGUUCUUGGCCCUGUCUCGACGACAGCCGUUGCCACAAAGGAUGCAUCGGCGGAAAGCCAUGGCGUACAAAUAUAUCGCGAGCUUGUUGGGAGACCCCGAGACGCAGGCCUCGGACGAAGCCUUGCUCUGUGUUUGUCUAGCAAUGUCAGCCGACGCCCGCUCAUUGAGUCCUGAGAUCAAUAGAGCCCAUCUUAAAGGUCUGGCACAGAUGAUCUCACAACGUGGAGUGGACUCCCUGUUCUCAGCCGUGUGCUUCAUGUUCCACCCAAUGUUUUCCUUGGCGUAUUUUGCGAUGGCCGAGCUUGAAGCUACCAGCUUCUUGGAUGUGCAAGGUGCCAGCGACAGGUUCCUCGGGACAUUAGACUCGAUGCAAAACGACGGCCGGAGGUCACAGUCUGACGCUAUCCAAUACCGCGGUGACAACGGUGUCUCCAGAGGUGAAAGAGUGGGAGCAACCACAACCAAUCGGUCCCGAACCUCGGUAUCGAGCAGCCUCUGGUCGGCUGCGAUGGGAAAGUCGACAAUACAUCACGCUGUGGAGGGCGCACUGGCAAAUUUGCAAAGGACAACCCUGUCUGUCCAGCAGGAUCUUUCUUUGUUCCUCAAUCUGUAUCUGCUAAAUCUCAUAUUGUGGGAUUUGCUUGAGCGACCUGAUGGUGCUGUAUUAUUUCUGCAGAGACUUUCCACCCACGCAGAGAACGCCCGGGUGAGGCUCGAGAUCACCGUGUGGCUGCUCGCAAAGUCAUGGGUCGAUGCGGACGAAGUCUCCAAGAGGAGUGACAGUGGGACCAAGAAGGAGGUGUUCUUGACCGAAGCAGUCAUUGAUGCUCUGAAGAUUUUCAGUCGGAUCACUGACGAGUCGAAGCAGAAAUUGAUCCACGUAUUGUCGUCGUGGUUAUUUGGUUGUGAGGGGGAAAGAGGCGAGGACGAGGCUGAACUGGAGAGCAUAGAACCAGCCGCCAGCAAGAAUGGAGAGUCCUCCUCCCCUCCUACCACCAAGAACAUGUCUUCCCAUAUCGCUGAAGGUACAGCUGGCACUUCAGAACCAUCGGCAUCGUCGCAGGGAAAGGCUGCUAGCCAUGGAAGUCCGAAGAAGGAUAUGGAUCCCACGCUCGGCUCCCCACCGGAGCCACAACAGGCACAGAGUGCGGGGGUCACGUCCAAGACGUUCGAAUACCUCAGCAGUCCAGACUUUCAGGUGAUGAUGGACGAGGCAUACAGUGACUGGUAUGAGAAGAAUAUCAGCAAACGACCAAUGCCGCCUGUACCCUUGAUAUCUACACCGCCGCCGUAG